CUAGGGAAGCCGUGUUCCACAACAACAAGGCCGGCUGAACUGAGACUCUUAUCAUUUGAGGGCUUCGUCCGGCAAAAAUAGGAGAAAAUGCCCAAAGACAUCAUAUACGCCACUGGUGACCGGCGCCAAGACUGGCACCAAACUACCACGGAAGUAGCACACCACUACAGGCCAGGAUAUUACUUCCCUAGCUCUAAAUUCCAGGCAGUGCUGUAUGAACCUCUCCCAUCUGAUUUAGCUAAACCUGACCAAAUCACAAACGACCAAAAGUAUGGAACAACAACAGGAACAUUUCAUGACAGAAAAUACAAAGAUGGGAAAUAUGGAAACACCCCGCAUGUCAAAGCACCAAGUCUCAGAAAAGUCAAUUACAUCAAGGACCAUGUAGAACAGCUUGGCUCAGGAGGAUGGAAGAAACCACUGACAAUGGGAAACCAGAUGUCAGAAACCCGUGAACAGUAUCAAGCCAAGCCUGGACUCAAAGACCACUAUAAGUUUGAUGAUGUCUUUGUCCCCCCUUCAUUCCUUGUCCACGAUCACCAUAAUAAUGGCCCCUCAAAGUACGGUCAGGCAUCUUCACAAAACCCUAAGCUGCAGGGUGAACCAUGGUAUGUAAAGGACAAGAGCUUACUGCGUUUGCUGGACCCAUACUGCACAACAACUCAGCGAGACCACAGAUACUUCACUCCAAGUGAACUGAAGAAAUACCCAAAGAAGGACAUAGCUACAUAUUGGCAGUGUGAAGAAUACCCCAAGUCUUGGGGACAUGGCCUAAAACACAACCCUGUCCCUAAAGAUACAGUGCCACGAGAACGCCUGCCAAUGAGAGACCCGAUUUGGUUUAAGACACCAACCAAAAUCCCUCGUAUACCCAAAUCCCUGGUUCCAGUCCCGCACACUGGAUUGAAAUCUGAACAAAUGGCAUCAUUCACACGGCCCUCUGAUGUGAGAAUGAAGGAGAAUUACUUCUGUCCCGUAGACACACCUUUCGUAUUACCAGAUCCUGGCAGCAAAUCUGUGAUGACAGCACCAAAAAUGUACAUGACGGAAUAUGAAAAUGUGGGCAGUGGAAAACCAAUCACAGUUUAACUUUGCAGAUGAAAAUGUUAUGAGACACCAUUUUGCAGGACAUAAAACCAAAAUCACACACUUAAAUGUGAUGUAAUUUGGCUAGAUGACAAUAUAGCACAAAAAACUUUGUGGUCCCAAAAAGCAGUGAAGUUGGAGAUUCAAAAAUUGUAUAUUUACAUUUUUUAUGUAAAAAUGUUUUACAGUUUUUAAAUAUAUUUCACGAUUUUUGUCUGCUUCAGUAUUGAUAAAACAGCAUUAUUUUAUACACAGCUUUUUACCCCAGCCUUUCUUGUAUACUGUUAUGAGUAUCAUUCUGAUGUCAUAUGACUAAAAUAUAUCUUGCCCACUCAUUUUCGUUUUUCGUAACAAUGUGCAAGAAAGGCAGUAUGGCCGACUGAUUACUUUGUAAAUGAAAUGUCAAUUUAUUCCACAACUCAAGCAGUAUUGAAUGUGCUACACACAGAAAUGAUUUCCCAAAAAACUGUUGCUACUGUAAAGAGUAAAACACGUGUUCUAAGGAUGAUUUUAUAACUGAUGACAGAUUUUAGAAAGAUUUUUAUGUCCGUGUAUUGUACAGAUAUAAAGCUUUAUUCUUUACAAAACCUACCAGUAAUCUGGGUUUAGUUUGAUUUACAUUUAAGUCCGUCCUUUUCAUAUACUUACAUCCCAUUUACUGAUGUAGCCUAUGAUUGCCUUUAUUAUUUGAUUUAAUUCACAUGAUCCUGUAGCAUGUGUGCUUUUCACUUGACAGUUUCCUUGUGAAAUUCCCAGAUCAAGCUUACGACUGAAACAUUGAGUUGUUUUUGUUUGUACAUAAAAUUCCAUGCUAUGGAUUUAUUUUAAUAAUUGUACAAAUGGUAAAAUAUACCCCAUGUAAUUGGAAAAA